AUGGGCCCCUGUACCGCCUCCUCAUGCUGCUGCCAGGCCCCUAAUCUGCCAUGGGCCCCUGUACCGCCUCCUCAUGCUGCUGCCAGGCCCGUAAUCUGCCAUGGGCCCCCGUACCGCCUCCUCAUGCUGCUGCCAGGUCCAGAGUCUCUCAUGGGUCUCUGUACGGCCUCCCAUUGCUGCUGUCUCCAUCGCCACACUCUGCCAUGUGCCACUUUCUGGUCUCCUCACACUGCUGGUGUGUUCCAUUUUUUGUCAUAGGGUGCUGGCAGAUUACGGGCCUCCCAUUGCUGCUGCCAGGCCUGUAAUCUGCCAUGGGCCCCCGUACCGCCUCCUCAUGCUGCUGCCAGGUCCAGAGUCUCUCAUGGGUCCCUGUACGGCCUCCCAUUGCUGCUGUCUCCAUCGCCACACUCUGCCAUGUGCCACUUUCAGGUCUCCUCACACUGCUGGUGUGUUCCAUUUUUUGUCAUAGGGUGCUG